CGAAAGGGAGGAUGGGAAAUGUAGUUCUAAUAAGUCAUUACCCAAAAUGCAAUAGCGUUCGGGAAAUACCAGGCGGGGAAUAGGAAAAGUAAAACCAUGCGAGAACUCAACCUGCGACAUUUGACAGCUUUAAAAUACUAAAAAACAACCUAGAGGGACGCGAAACACACAACACUACAGCUGAACGUUUGAUAGCAUUAUUUAGGAAAGCCGACAUUUUGUUUUGGUGUUUCACUACAGACACCAACGCGGGCUCGGCCCUCACGCCUCAAAGCUAGCUAGCGUGCUAGCUGGGAUGCUGGGUGGCUCUCUGAGUGUCUGAAGACCCGCAUGGACAGUUCGUGUUGAGUGUUUGCUUCAUAACACAACAAUGUCUGGCUUUAACUUUGGAUCGGGGGCCCUUGGGUCCGCCAACGCCGGUGGAGGAUUUGCAUUUGGAGCCGCAGCCGGUGCACCUGCGGCCAAUGCUGGGGGCUUCUCCAUGGGAUCUGCUCUGGGCACAGCAGCCACGGCCCUCGCUGCCCCCACCAACACCACCCCAUCUCUCGGUCUUGGAGGCAGUCUCUUUGGUCAGAAACCUGGUGGAUUCUCUUUCAACACCCCUGCCUCAAGCGCCGCUGCACCCACUGCAGGCCUAACAUUAGGUGCCCCAGCUGCUACCGCUGCUGCCACUGGCUUUAGCAUGGCCUUCAACAAGCCCACAGCCUCGGCAACACCUUUCUCCCUCACCACCACGUCCACCACCUCGGCAGCCCCUUUAGGGGCAGGUUUAUCAUUUGGCUCUGUCCUGACCUCCACAGCUCCACAGCAGCCUGCAGCAGGCUUCACCCUUGGUCUUGGUGGCGCAACAAUGACCACAGCAGCAGCUUCAGCAGGCCCAACGCUGGGUGGGAGUCUCUUCUCCAACACUUUGUCUUCAGGUUUGGGUCAGACCACUCUUGGAGGAGGAGGCGGGUUAACGCUGGGUUCUCUGUUAGCGGCAUCCACGGCAGUGUCGGCAGCUCCUGCCCCAAGUAUUGGCCUGGGUGGAGUCGACUUCAGCACUUCUUCUGAGAGUAAGAGCGACACGUCAUCUGGAGCCAAUGCAAAGGACAGUAAAGCUUUGAAAGAUGAGAACCUGCCUCCUGUUAUUUGUCAGGACGUCGAGAAUUUCCAAAAAUUUGUGAAAGACCAGAAACAAGUUCAGGAAGACAUCAGCAGGAUGUCAUCGAAGGCCAUUUCUAAAGUCCAAGAUGACAUCAAGAGCCUCAAACAGCUUCUCUCUGUCAGUGCCAGCGGUCUGCAGCGCCAAGCUCUUGCCAUCGACAAGCUAAAGCUGGAGACAGCUCAGGAGCUGAAAAAUGCUGACAUAGCACUACGUACACAAAAGACUCCCCCUGGACUUCAGCAUGAAAACACUGCUCCAUCAGAUUAUUUCCGCAGCCUGGUAGAGCAGUUUGAGGUGCAGUUGCAGCAGUACCGGCAGCAGAUAGAAGAACUCGAGAACCACCUGACAACGCAGAGCAGUGGCUCCCACAUCACUCCUCAGGACCUGACCUUGGCCAUGCAGAAGUUGUACCAGACAUUUGUUGCACAGGCUGCCCAGCUCCAGUCUGUUAAUGAGAAUGUCAAGAUCUUGAAGCACCAGUACCUUUCCUACCGUCGGGCCUUCCUGGAAGACUCGACGGACGUCUUUGAAUCCAAACGGGCAUCAAACAGGAAGUGGCAGAGUACUCCACGAGUCACUACUGGGCCCGCCCCAUUCUCCAGUGUGCCCAACGCUGCAGCGGUUGCCAUGGCAGCCACGUUGACCCAGCAACAGCAGCCAACUCCAGGGACCCAGGCACCCUUGGGGGCAGGGUUUGGAAACCCCUUUGCCUCGGCAGUGGGCACUAGCUUGGGCUCUUCUACCCUUGGAGGAUUUGGUGGUGGGCCAGGAUUUGGUGGGGUGGGGACUGGGGGGUCUUCUUUUGCCUUCUCCACCAGUAAGCCCACAGGAGGCAGUCUGAGUGCAGGUUUUGGUAGCAGCAGCAGCUCAGGCUUUAACUUCAGCAACCCUGGCCUCAACCCCUCGGCUGGCCUGACCUUUGGCGUUUCUAACCCAGCUGCGACAGGCUUUGGUGCAGCACCCCUUCUCCAGCUCAAGAAACCCCCUGCUGGUAAUAAGAGGGGCAAGAGAUAGAACCAAAAACAAAACCCUGUGACUGACCAGCUGACUAACGGGGUUUGUAGCGGGUAAGGCCUGGUCUCCCAAAAGCAUACACGUGCUAUAACAAUCACUAUCCAAAUACAAAAACAUUUAAAUCUGAGGAAAUCAUCAGGGAUGGGAAUGAAACCACCAUAAAAAAAAAAACAAUCGAGGAUCAGACAUUUCAAAUCACAUGGAGGUAUAUACUCAACAGACCCUGAGAUAAGGAAAAGCCCAUUGACCAACAAACAGUAUCUUUCUAUCAUACAUUUGACUGUAUUGUCCACUGAUUUGCUUCCAUUUAAUUGUAUCUCAAAGUCCUGAGCAAAAUUUCACCUCAUUGUUGAUGCAAAAAGUUGUCCAUGAUCACAUGUUCCUGUUAGAUUAAACAAUUCAAUUGUAUUACUUUACUAUUAUCAAUACUCAGCGCCUCUGAAUAUAUGUAGUAGAUAGUAGAGUGUAUGGAAGGAUAAAAAAUGGUGUUUGCAUAACUUUAAACAUGAUUUUGCCCAUUUGUGUUGACUCAAAAUACCGUCUGCACUCUAGAAUCUGUAGCGCUGCGAUGCUUUUGGGAAUGCCAGCCAUGGACAGAGCUGGAUCGAUUAAAAAUAGUUCGGUUAUCUGUGAGGAUUUGCCCUUGUCUGAAUAUUGUACAAGACUGAUGUGUUUUUGUGCUUUGAGGUGGACAGUGCAGUUGUUUUUUUAAUUGAGUUACACCAACUCUGUCAAUUGCAUAACGGCACUUGAACGCCUCUCAAAUGAUGACUUUGCCCAAGCCUCGUCCAGGGAAGGGUAAGAUAACGUAAAGGGAAAGAUGUUUAUUCGGUUUGGAACAGUGUAGUUGCUGCCGAAGGUGUCAAUCGGGAGUACUAUCUGAUCCCAGAUAGUUUUUUAAGGCACAGGGGAUUGUCCAGGGUGGGUUUUUUGGGGAAGCACAGUUUUAUUUUUGUAUCAAGCGGAGAAAGAGAUGACAUAUGGGAGGGGUAUAAGGGGACUAGCACCUUGGGAUAGUCCAUUAUCUAGUCCACAUAACCUGUGUUGUUUUGCUAAAGUCCAUCCUUAUCGUUGUUUAUUAGUUACUUUUUAAACACAUUUAGUUUGCCACAAUGUAAGAACUUGGGAGAGGAAACGCCGUGCUGUUCGUAUUACAUGGCUCCCAUUAAAUGUUAAGUUAGUUGAACCUGAAAGGGAUGUGACAAGAAGAUUCCAGCUGUCCAUGCUUAUACAUGUGCGAGAAUAAAUUUGCACUUGUCAGUGUAUAUGACCUGGCAGUGAUCGUGUGAAUGUGCAUGUGUGCCUAUUGCACAAGUAUGAAUUUGUCUUUCUGGUUCUAUCAUAAUUGCUGUCUUCUUUUGAGUGUCUGGGAUGGUUGGGAUAUUCUGCUUUUUUUUUUUUUUUUUUUUUUUUUUUUUUUUUUUUUUUUAAAUUGUCCAUUUCUGUUCGGUUACCAAAUACUGGUAGUUGUACUAUUAUUUUCUAAUCACAGUCUAUGUAAACUUGUAUUUUCAAGACUCUGUUUAAUAAUAAAAAUCUUCAAUAGGAUGUUUUGCCUGUUUAUGGCAACACUUCAAUAAAUGUACGU